CAACAGGUAUCAGAGGUGACGAAUGGUAGCGAUGGUGCGAGCGGCACUACAGCUUAUGAUGAUAGUGGCCAAACUUAUGGCAGAGGAGGAACAAUUGGUGAUGAUGGUGACUCCGGGUUAUAGUAACAGUGAGUCGUUGAGUAGGGCCUCGAUUUUCCUGCCAGGUUCGUUCAUUCCCUACUGACGGUUUCAUAAUGCUGUUCUUUGUUUUCUUGCCAGCCAUAUUCCUUUACCUUGACCAUAUGGUGCGAGCAUCAUUAUUUAAAUGCACGAACUGUCACCGUUGAAGAAGAGGCAGAAGAAGCACCAAUAAUCGGCGAAAUGGAAGCUGACACGAAGACGUCUGCCACUAAAAUGAAGUCAACGAGAUCCCACGGCACCCUCAGUGGUAAACGGAACGCUUCGCUCAAGUCGAAAAGAUCCCGUGGUCCAAAGGAGAGUACCAUCUCAAAGGUGUCCCAGGAUCUAAAGUCGCCGCUAUCUGCCGAUAAAGCGGCCCCCAAAACACGUCCAAGCCAGAAGAGAAACUCAAGGUCACGUCCCUCAUUGCACUCAGCCAGUGAAAAAAAACAGGAAGCCCAAAAGAGUGACGACCACGAAAAUGCGACGCCAAAUUGUCGUCCCGACGUCACUCCUUCUUACGACUCGUCACCACCACCGCCGCCGGGGCCUUGGUCUUCGUCCACGGGCGGAACUACUGGCAGCACCUUCAAGCGGCAAGCGCGAGCAUUGGUGCUCGCGGUCGUGGCGGCGGUGAUGCUGACGCUCAUCGCUGGCGCGCUGUUGGUUCGCCUGCGCCCGGUCGCCGUUGUGUGCACUUCUCCGGCCUGCCACUACUACUCUGAGCUGCUGCAGAACACACUGAACGAGUCGGCGCCACCUUGUAUGGACCUGUACGAGCACGUGUGUUCCCGCUGGGACGCCCAACACCCUUAUUCGGUCAAGGCUUUCGUGUACAACAAGUUCCUGGCGUCUGUGGCAUCGAUUAUGGAUGGCAUGACCAUACCCCAAUUUGGAAGGACUGCAAUACAGAAUGCAGCUAUGUUUUACCGUUCUUGCACAAGAGUCUACGCAGGAGGCAGGGAGGACGUCGGCGAAGCUAAAGCGAUGCUACAAAAAUUCGGCAUACUGUGGCCAGAAUGGAGCAAAGAGGCCAACAUACUCCGCAUCCUUUCCACGGUGUCAGCCGCGUGGAACUGGGGAAGCAUCCUGCUUUUUGACAUCCCAGCUGAAGGAAGCCUCACCAUUGCACCUGCGCCCUUCUUUCAUUUCCUCGUCGAGCGACACAAGCAAAUCGAGCAGCAGCUAAACACAUACGUGGAACAAACGUACAGGAGUUUCUUCGAAACCGCGGUUGAAGCGUUCACGCAGCGUGGAGCCGAGCGGGCGUUGCCUUACCACGAGCACUGGAACAUCGAGCGAGCUGUGCUGUCAACGCUCAACACUGAGUUCGACACGGGCGAUUGGAUUAACAUCGAGAAUGUUACUCUCAACGAAACUGUCGACCUGGCGGGGCAAGCGAAGCCGCGUGAAGCGUGGGUGCAAGAGAUCGGCGCUGCGUUCAAUGUCUCCGUUGACGACAACUUUUCAGUGGCCAUCGAAAACGUGCGCUUCUUCCAGUCGCUUUUCGCUCUUGUCAGGCACCAAGGUGAAAGCGACUUGGCCUAUUAUGUUGGCUGGGGCGUUGUGCAGGCGCUGUCGCUUAUGUCGAGCUCGAUUCUUAUCCGCCGGUUCUUCGCCACCGAUGACGAAGCCAGGGAAGGUCAAGCAAUAUUCUGUGCCAAAUUGACCAACAUGUAUAUGAGCCCAGCCUUGUACGCGAGCUACGCGAGGGAUGAGAUCAGUGCCCAUGUUCUAGCGGACGCCGAGGACACAGGACGGAAUAUAGAGAGUGUCUUGCGAGACAGAGUUAACGCGAUUGCCGCUUGGCGGGAUGCUCUGCCAAGCGAUGCAUUUUCAGUAGCCGGACUCGUUGACCACCUAUCCACCACAAGGAAAGUCGACGCAGGUUCAAGCGAACAGGGCUACGAGCACUUCCCAGAGAUGGGCGACAACAUUUUCAAUAACAUGGAACUGGCUACACGUGGGUACCGCAGUAUCAAGAGGAGCAAUAUCUCCGUGGUGAACAUGGUCGUGAACGGGACCGUGCGGUUAUUUCAUUUCGUGGACGGCCAUGUCGAACUGCAUCCUAUCAUCUUUCAGGAGCCGUUAUACAGCAGCGACGCUCUGCCGGCCAUCACGUACGGCACCCUGGGCGCCGAGGUCUCCUAUGCCUUGGCCACGCGGUUGUUCGAUGUCGUCCUAGCAACCGAGAACGAGCUUCACGCGUCCUUGAAGCCCAACCUGACGUGCGUGUUCGGUCACGAGAUGGUCGCGAGCGAACUCGGUAGCCGUCAGCUAGAGCUCCUUCAGCGCCUUGUAUCGGUACGCGUAGUUUUCCAGGCGUUCGCCCGCGGAUCACAGGCAGCAUCGCGCACACCUUUCGGAUUGCACAACUAUGAACACUUGUCCGGCAGGCAGCUGCUGUUUAUAUUUUGGUGCUUCGUUCAGUGCGGGUCCAGGGACGCAAGAGUAAUGUGCAACAAGGCUGCAAGCUUCACGUGGGGUUUUUCCCGCGCUUUCCGCUGCAGGAAGGGCAGCCCUAUGUACGCUGAAAAUGAAUGCCCUCUGUUUUAGAAAGAGAAGUCGUGAUUGUCUUCAGAACAACGCAGAGAUACAAGCGUUCUUCGAAUGGGCGCGACAAAUUUUUACGCUUGUGGGCCAGAGUCUUCUCGUGAGAAUAAUCGCUGUCAUUUGGCUACUUUGAUAGAAACAGCAGAACUUGCUGUUGGUAUGACUGCUCUUUCGAAAUCACUCUGUAAAAACGCUUUCAAUGCUUCAUUAAGCAGUCGAACUGGCUGAGCUUGCACCUUACUUCGAACGAAGACUCAUAGGUCUUUGAUCCCUCUUUCGCGCUCAAUAAAUGUUUUGUGAUCCGAACUGUUGCGACAUAAACAUGUGGUAUCAGGGCUUCGAAAUCUGGUUGCAAGAGUUAAUCAACACCUUAUUUUCACAGCUUCAUUUUUCUAGUAUCAUUAGAUUUUUAACGAAAUCCUACACACGUUGCCAUUUCUUUCGUACUUCAUAUACUACCAACUUAGGCGUGAAGGUCUGUUUGAUGUUAAUCCGGAACUCUUUAAAACAUGCAAAAAGACGCACGCAUCGCUUUGCUCACAGUCACAUGCUUUUUACUCAUA